AUGUCACUGGUAGCAGUAGUCUCGAGUUCGACUCAAUUGCUGUCUUAUCUCCUAGGUGUCCAGAACGCAUCAUCUCUUCAAUAUGGCAUAUGCAUUGUUGUUGUGAUUGAGUACAUUUGCAUUGCAGCUGUGUACUUUGCACUUUUUCGGAAGACAAUACCAAACUAUCAUGGGCGGAAGAAAUUGCGUAGGGGUAUACUACGCACCCUUGCGAUCGCUGCUGGUCUAGUAUAUGUCGCUGUUCCCGGUAUUGUCUCUAAAAGCUGGCGUUUAUCAUUCGAGGCAGUGCGCCAUCUCGCUAGCCGCAAUGUUGACACAUCAGUCAGCUAUUCAACUCGGCCCCAGAGCUAUGUUAACUGUCUUUCAACUAUGAACACGGCCUCCGUGACCUACCAUAGCACAAUAUAUCAAAUCGAAAUUAGGCAACAGUCUUCGCCUAAGCAGCAAGCUUGA